GACGCGUUCUGCUCGGUAUAAAGCUAUAACGCAGUGUUGAAUAAGUCAAGGACUUGAAGACACAUCCAGCAUGGCCGUGCAUUUCUUUUGAGUACUAACAACUCUUUCUCUUACCAAAAUUUCUACCAACAUGACUUGCCCAUUUCCAGCUUUGUUCAGCCAUUCAUCCCGAUGACAACCCUACAGCUUACAAGAACACUCAUGAAAUAGCUUGCGCUUGAUAAACAAACACCAAAAACAAGCCAUGGGCCUCCUCUCUCCCCCCAACUCACCUUUCGCACCUCCCUCUUUCUUCUACCAACUCAUCUUUCACCCUCUGACCACCUGCUUCACCUUCUUCCACCACCUGUUCGUCUACCUUCGCGGGCCUCCUUACCUCCCUCCCAAAAACCGCAUCCCCAUCCGCGUCGUCUGCAUAUCCGACACACACUCCAAAAUCCCUCGCUAUGCCCUACCCAAAGGCGAUCUGCUCAUUCACUCGGGCGAUCUGACCAACAAUGGCAACCUCGCCUCCAUUCAGCAAUCAAUCGACUGGCUCAAGACCUUGCAAAAACCAUGGUACGGCUCGUCCGACGGGUUUCGACACAUUGUCGUCGUGGCCGGCAACCAUGACAGCUACUUCGACGAGCGGAGCCGCAGUACGCACGACAAACGCAACUCGACUCGCAAACUCGACUGGGGCAAGAUCAUUUACCUGCAACACUCGGCCGUCAAACUCCCCUUCCCUGAUGAUCGACGAUUAAAAGUCUACGGCGCCCCACAGAUACCUAAGUGCGGCGGCAAGGAGUUUGCCUUCCAGUAUAACAGAGGUCAAGACGCAUGGACAGACACGAUACCCGAUGAUAUUGAUGUGCUUGUUACGCACAACCCACCGAAAUGGCACCUCGACCUCCCGGGGAGCGGCGGACUAGGCGACGAGUACGAACUGAAAGAAGUUUGGCGGGUGAAACCCACGUUACAAGCCUUUGGUCAUGUCCACUCCGGUCAUGGUACGGAAGCUGUCUGGUGGGAUGAAAGCCAGAAGUGCUAUGAAGAGUUCCUCGCAGCAGCAUAUAACAAGCCUGUCGCUCAACCCGCCAGCCACCGACUGCCGUUGACCGAGCUCAUUGAUCUCCCGCUCUUCAUGCGUGGGAUCAGGAUGCUGGUAGCAGACAUCAGAGGUCUGCUGUGGACGCGGCUGUGGGGAGGCGCUCGGAACGGAGGAUACAUGGUCAAUGGAGCGCUGACCUACCAGACUACCGAGAAGCUCUACAAUAAGCCCCAAGUCGUCGUCUUGUAGAUGCAACGAGAUAGAUGUCCGAUAGAAAAUAACAGUGUACACACAACUUGAAAAA